ACAAAGUGACUGUAAGUAAAGUGACGUGUAAGCUGCAAUCGUCGGUGCCACAUUUUAUAAUUACAAACAAGAAAAAGCUCAAAAUGAGCGUUUUCAAGCGAGACAAAAAGGAAGAGGAGGAGGGCGGUGGGAACCCUUACCAGAAUUUGGAUAAAACCAUAGUCUUACAAGAAUCUAGAUACUUCAACCAGACCCCGGUGAAUCCGCGAAAAUGCUGCCUUAUUUUGACGAAAGUCCUGUAUUUACUCAACCAGGGAGAGAAGUUCACGACACAGGAGGCCACGGAGGCGUUCUUCGCGACCACUAAGCUGUUCCAAUCGAAGGAUGUGAUGCUGCGUCGAAUGGUUUAUCUUUGUAUAAAAGAGUUGAGUGGUCUUGCUCAGGAUGUCAUCAUCGUCACCUCAUCUUUGACUAAAGACAUGACUGGGAAGGAGGAUUUGUAUAGAGCGGCGGCUAUAAGAGCCCUGUGCAGCAUUACUGACAGUACCAUGCUGCAAGCUAUUGAGAGAUACAUGAAACAGGCUAUUGUUGACAAGAACCCAGCUGUUAGCUCUGCUGCCCUUGUUUCUGCUCUGCAUUUGUCUUCUACUGCUCCGGAUCUUGUCCGUCGUUGGGCUAAUGAAGCUCAGGAAGCAAUUGCGUCCGACAAUGCUAUGGUGUCAUACCACGCCUUAGGAGUAGUCGCCGGUUCGAGAAAGAACGACAAACUGUCUAUGGUCAAAUUAGUGACUCGCCUCGGCCGUUCUCCAUUAAAAUCUCCCUACGCUCUAUGCUUAUUGAUCCGUUUAGCAGCACAACUGGUUGAAGACGACGACUCUGAUUCAUCCCAAUCUUACAUUGAAUUCAUCGAGUGCUGUCUGAGGCAUAAGUCCGAAAUGGUGAUAUACGAAGCGGCACACGCAAUUGUAAACCUAAGGAAGACGACAAGAGAUCUCGCACCAGCUGUCUCUGUCUUACAAUUGUUCUGCGGAUCUUCCAAAGCUAGUCUGAGAUUAGCAGGCGCUAGGACGCUCGCUAGAUUAACAGCGAAACAUCCAACUGCAGUGGCAGCCUGCGCUGUAGAUUUAGAAAACCUCAUUUCAGACUCGAAUCGCUCUGUUGCUACUUUAGCAGUCACCACUCUGUUAGCCACCGGCGCUGAAAGUUCUGUAGACAGGCUGAUGAAGCAAAUAUCGAGUUUCGUGUCGGAAAUUUCGGAUGAGUUCAAAAUUGUGGUCGUCAGAGCUAUUAGACGUCUCUGCACUAAGUUCCCAAGGAAACAUCAAUCGCUAGCUGCUUUCUUGGCUGGUAUGCUGCGUGAUGAAGGCGGUUUGGAAUACAAAGCGGCCAUAGCAGACGCAAUCAUUGCCUUGGUUGAGGAAAACCCCGAUGCUAAAGAGACGGGUUUGGCUCAUUUGUGUGAGUUCAUAGAAGAUUGCGAGCACACAGCUUUAGCCGUUCGCAUCUUGCAUUUACUAGGUAGAGAAGGGCCAAAGUCCCGUCAACCUUCUCGAUACAUUCGGUUUAUCUACAACAGGGUUAUUUUAGAAUCGGGGCCUGUUCGCGCCGCCGCCGUUUCUGCUGUAGCACAAUUUGGAGCCCAACGCCCUGAACUGCUUCCAAACAUAAGAGUUCUUCUAAGUCGUUGUCAAAUGGAUGAUGAAGAUGAAGUACGCGACCGAGCUAUCUACUACAGCGCAAUCUUGGACACAAGCGACCCGCAACUGAUCAACGAUUACAUCGUAAACGUGCCGAAACCAAAUCCAGUAUUACUCGAAAAGGCUUUACGCGAUCACUUAGCCACUACACCCGAUCAGUCAUUCGAUCUAAAAUCGGUGCCGUCCGAAGAGGAGCCAAAAGAAAACAAGGAGGCUAUCGUAGAAAUAGAAGUUCGAAAACCUGUUCAAGUGUCUAUGGAAGAGUUGUACUCAGAACAACUGGCGAAAAUACCUGGUAUUGAGCGCGUAGGACCUCUGUUCAAGACCAAUCCGCCCGUGGAUCUGACGGAAGCCGAAACUGAGUACAGAGUUAGAUUGCUCAAACACGUUUAUGCUCGUCACGUGGUCUUGCAAUUCGAGUGUAUUAACACUCUAAGCGAUCAAAUACUUGAAGACGUGCACAUCAGAUUGGAAGUCCCGCCAGAAUACGAGAUUAAAACGGAAGUACCUUGCCAGAAAUUGGGGUACGAUAAGCCCGAAAGCGUUUUUGUCGUCGUCGAAUAUCCUUGUGCUUUCUUAGACAGUUUGGGCACAUUCGGAGCGACUUUAGAAUUUACUGUGAAGGAUUGCGACCCGAAUACUGGCGUGCCGGAUCCGGAUGAGGGAUACGCGGAUACUUAUCCGUUGGAAGAGUUCGAUAUGGGAUGUUCGGAUCAGAUUAGGGCAAGGGCUGCUGCUGAUGAUUGGGACCAGACUUGGGAGAGAUCAUCGAAUGCUCCGCAAGCGUCUGACACUUUCGUUUUACCGCAGAACAGCGUGAAUGAGGCUGCUAGCGCGGUUUGCGAACAUUUGGGGUUGCCCAAAGCAGCUAUUGUGGGUGAAGCUGUGAAGGAAAUCCGUGGAGGUGGGAUUUUCAGAGGUGGUGCUCCUGUUUUGGUGAGAGCUAGAUUGGUCUCCAGUCCCGCAGGUGUCACAAUGCAACUAGCCGCUAGGUCUCCGAGAGAGGAUGUCGCACAACUACUUUUGGCUGCAGUCGGUUAAUGACUCUUUUUAUAUUGUCUUAAAGGCGAGAGAUGUGCUCUGGUGAAAGCCUAGAUUUAUAUAUUAUGUGUAAUAAAGUCGAUGUUCAA